UGUGUAAAUUAGCAAUAUUGCCAAUGUUCUCGAUUUGUGUUUAUAUCGAUAUAUCGGACAUUGUAUACCCUGGUUUACUCCAAAUUUUAUUGAAAACCAAGCAAAUCCAUAGAAUUGGGGGCACAGGAUCGUAAUAAUGGAGGCAUCGACCGAGCUAUAUCAUGGUUCCGAUUUUUCCAUCGACAAUGGAAUUUCCUGGAUGACUGACGGCUCGGUCGCCAUCGGAUUCAUAGAGCGAUCAUCCGUGAAUUCCCUCGCUUCUUUACAUUCCUCAAUAACAACAGGGUGUGCAGAUUCUGGGCCCAUGGAUUCCCUAUACUUGUGUGUGUAUUACAUAAAAUAGAAAGGAAUGUAUGAAAAAUUAAACGUCUAAUAAUUGCAUAAGUAUCAUUACAAAUCAAAGAUCGAAUACAAGGACAUGCAAGUUCUAUUACGUAAUCACAUAAUUUCCUAAUCGCGUUAGUGCAUCACGUGCAAGUCUGCCGAACAGAAGACAGCGUACGGAUCUGUUCGCUUCAGUAGCUUAUGCAUGUAACGUGCAAUCGAAGGGUUAAAUGUAAUUUACCUUCGACGAGAACCUAGAGGAAACUUUACAGUACGUUCAUGCAGCUUGGACAACGUCAUGUACUACGAAUAAUACUCGAAUGCUGACAAGCACUGAUUCUUAAAAUAUAAAGUCAAAUUCUAAGACAGUCGUUGUGUGCAUAAGACACUCGCUGUAUUGUUGAUAAGGAAAGCGCUUAAUUGAGCCGACCAUUAUAGAAAACUAAAGUUGCGCUGUUAGUAAUUGGAUAUUAAUUAUCAUCUUGGAACUCCUUAGCCUCUCAAGAGCACUGUUGUAUAGCUUCACAAACGUACAUUAAACGGCAGCAUCCUUUAUUGGCUGUGUUACAAAAAGAGAUAUAAUCAUAUAAUUCCAAAAAUGGAUGCAGAUAGUAAUAUUAAACAAAGAUCUGGAAGAAACGUAUCAUCAGACCAUCAUCAGAAUGUGUCUCAGUUUUCUUUCUGGCUUGUGCCUUAAAGAGAAAAAGAUAAUAAGUGCAGAAAGUAUAGCUGAAAGAGCUAAACUUGUAACGUAGGUGCUGCUCUCAACGAACAUAUGAUCGAGUAUUUAAAGAUGGCCGGAAAAGUAGCGGGUAAGACCGCAUUGCGAUAUUUUCUUGGAACAUGCAUACCUUCGUCAAAACAAAGUGCUGCCAAAGUGAGAAUACCACGAUUGGUUUUCAAUGAUCACAUUCAUAUGUAUUUCAAAGAUCAUGACUUUGUUUAUGCCAACGAUCCGAAGAAGCUGUGCAAAACCGGUGAUGUGAUCUUGAUAAAAACAUUACCAGAAAAAUUAACUCGCCUGAUCACACAUGAGGUUGUCGAAGUGGUAUAUCCCUUAGGCGAUGUCACAGAUCCAGUUACAGGAAAGAAAGUUGUUAUGAGUCAAUAUAGGGAAGAUAUAGAAGAAACGUCUAAGUUGUUUGGCCAAGCAGAUAGUGCCUUUGAUUACUCUAAAGCACCACAAAGAGGAAGACUGGAAGGUGUACGCGAUUUCACUCAUAAGAAGAUGUAUUUAAAGUAUUAUGAAGAUCCUAAUGAUCCACAACCAGAUACAGUGUAAAAUAUUGUAUAUUUGAAAAAUUAUCAAUAAAUUAUAUUUAGUAAAAAUUA